GGGGAGAGAGAGAGGAACAGAAAGCAUCAUUACUUCAUCAACACCUCACAGAGACAGUCGAGAGCCUUAAGCACCUGUGUGCAACUUCAGGAGCGAGUUUUGCGCCAGAGUUGCAGCAUGUUUCCCACUCGGCGUUUUGAGUCCAAGCGUACUGACAUGGUUUUCGCUUAAUCCAUUUCUGGAGGACGUUUAUUUUAUUCCAGCUAAUGUGAGAUCGCAAUUUUCAUUGGAAUGAUGUGGACCUUACAUGACGGUGUUGGAUUUGUGCUCUUUUCCUGUUUGUCUAUUCAGGUUGGAUUUUCUCUUGACGGGACGUUUACCGAUUUCCCUACUAACAUCACUGCGAGAGAAGGACAGAACAUUGAAAUGGCAUGCGCAUUUCAAAGCGGUUUGUCCUCGGUUUAUUUAGAGAUCCAGUGGUGGUUUGUCCGUGCUCCAGAGGAAACGCUUACAAGCGAGGAGGAUGAGGACGACAGAGAGAUGGAGCUGAUCCCAGAACCAGACCCCGAUGAAGAAGGGACCAAAAUAAGUACAGUUAAGGUCCAAGGCAAUGACAUCUCCCACAAGCUGCAGAUCUCUCGGGUAAGCAAGAACGACGAGGGGCUGUACGAGUGUCGCGUCACGGAUGCCAACUAUGGAGAGCUCAAGGAGUACAAGGCUCAGGCCUACCUGAAAGUCAACGCCACAAUCCGACCCCGUAAUCGGGCCAUUAAGAAGACCUCGCCGCUGCACUUGACUGAUAAGAAACCUCGCAAGAACAGCUCGGCUUUGGGCCAAGACACCAACGGCAUGAGCUCGGACCAGAGGUCUCAGUCCACUUCUACCUCUCAGUCGUCACAAUCCAAAACAGUCAAACACAGCACAGGGUCAGGUAUGAGGAUAGCCACGAGUAAUGGACUUGCUGUUCUCCUCCUAACGUCUGCUCUUGUGAGGGGAUCAUUGCUAUAGUUUCAAGACUGUGACUCUUUCCCAAAAUCCUCCUAUUUCAAAGCCAAGAGAAAAUGCCUGCUUUUGGAUGGAGCGGAUGGCACAGUUGUUCCUUACUUCAAACCACUACACAGCACCCACUGUUGUAUAACGAUCGUCACCAGAAGCACCUUUCUUUCGAAAGCCUACAAAACUGCCAUACCGGACACGUGCUUAUUGCUUCAAUCCAACAGAAGACAAAAAUGGAUACAGACUCUUAUGGGAUCUUGCACCCAUAUAUAUAUAAAUAUAUAUAAAUAUAUUAUUUUUUUGUUUGAUUGGUUGUUUAUGUUGACCUUUUAUCUCCAGCUGUGAAUUUAAUACAUUGCUCUGAAGUUCGGAAAAGUCUAUAUUUGUGUAAAGGAUAUACGGUAUAUAAAAGUAUUUGAUUUCAAAUCCCCUCGACUAUGUACAGAAGACCUUCAUUCUAGUGUAUUCAUAUGCAGAGACAGCCUUUGAAAAAAGAUAAGAGAAAAUUACAGCACCACGGCUUUAGUACAUUGUGUCUGGGUCGCUUAUUGAGCCAUGCUUAACUAUGUGGUAAAUCACAGUGUGUAUUCUGCAUUGAGCUGCAGUGAUUUGCAUUAAUGCAGAUGUUUUUUGCUUAAAUGUAUGUUUCUUUUUUCUUCGUUUGGCAUAAUAAAUGUGAGUACUGUAUAAUACCUCUGCCAUGUUAGUAAUGUUGUACACACUAAAGGAUAGUAAACAUGCCCGCAUGCCAUGCGUGAGAGUCACGUUGAGAUAAAACUCAAGUACACAAAUCCACUUGUGAGUAAAGUUGCCCAGGACUGGAAACUGAAUAACAUACGGCAUACGGCCAUGUUAACGGCAUAAUGGAAUUUCAGUUUACUUCAUUUCGUGCUGUUAUUUUUUAAGAGCCGAGGGUCAGAGAAAUUGUUUGAAAUAAAUGUCCCCAGCUUUCGACCUUCAAAUCACUAAAGCUGUUGCAUGACCUUCAGCGCUAUUGAAUGUUGUGAUUGUGCCCUUAUAAACAUCUCAAGUCUGACUCACCUGCGUUUAAGUGUUGAAGAUGAUUGCCUUUCAACACUCAAAGCCACUGUCAUUUCCACAAUGUGUUUACUGUCUUCAAAAUCACGUUUGUAUCAGACCGUAGGAUUUACUAUAUAGCUGAAAAAAUCAAUAUGUGGAGGUGGUUAGUGAAUGGUUUUCUCUGUUUAUUUUUUUACUAGACAAAGAUCAGCUUAUUUCUCUUUGUUGCUGCUCUAAAUUAUUUUUAUUUUCAUAAAUCUGUGCAGUUUGGAGAAUGCAGAUUUAAUUUGCUAUAAGUCAGAAUCAACUUUGUGCAAAAAUGUGCCAAUAUUUAGAUUUUUUUGGUGUUGUUGUUCUGUUAGUAAAAAUGUAGCCUUGUAAUGGUGUGUGCAAUUUCUUGCACAAGUAAAAACAAAUGGUGCU